GCGGCAUCACAAUCUGAAUGUACAUGUGUUAAGUGGGUGUAUUUCAUGAUUAAUCAAGUUAGUAUUAUUGUGCUAUACUAAAGUUGUAACAAAAUACCGAGUGAGAAGACUAAGAAACUCGUGCACAGAACAGCCCACGAUGUCAAAACCUAAGAACAGCCAGCCAGCGCUUCACAAAGUUAUUAUGGUAGGAAGUGGGGGAGUUGGAAAAUCAGCCCUGACGCUACAGUUUAUGUAUGACGAGUUUGUUGAAGAGUAUGAGCCCACCGAUACCGACACCUACCGUAAGAAAGUUUUGUUGGAUGGAGAGGAGGUUCAGAUUGACGUCCUUGACACAGCGGGCCAAGAAGAUUAUGUCGCCAUUCGAGACAAUUACAUCCGUUCAGGAGAAGGCUUUCUCUGUGUGUUCUCCAUCACUGAGCAAGAAAGUUUUUCAGCAACAGCAGGAUUUAGGUUUUCUUUGAUCUCAUGA